GGGGGGUUUCAGCUGCUGUCCGGUGUUUGGCGACAUAGCAGCUAGGCUGUGCUCUGCCAGCAGCGGCUAACAAGAUGCACACAGCUAGUGCUAUGUACAGUAUAGAGGUGCCUGCAAGCUAGUAUAUGUUUAUUUAAGAGGGAGAACUGCUGCUACCGGUACGACACGAACGCUAGCAGAAAUGGCCGGAAUUAUUAAAAAGCAAAUUCUGAAACAUUUGUCAAGGUUCACCAAGAACCUGUCCCCAGACAAGAUCAAUCUGAGCACGCUGAAGGGGGAGGGGCAGCUGUCCAACCUUGAGCUUGAUGAAGAGGUUCUGCAGAACAUGCUUGACCUGCCUACCUGGCUGGCUGUCACUCGGGUCUACUGCAACAAAGCCGCCAUCAGGAUACAAUGGACAAAGUUGAAAACAAGCCCCAUCUGCCUGUUCUUGGAUAAAGUAGAGGUAGAGAUGAGGACAUGUGAAGAGCCGCGUCCACCCAAUGGCCCCUCUCCUAUAGCUAUUACAGCAGGCCAGAGUGAAUAUGGCUUUGCUGAGAAAGUGGUGGAGGGCAUGUCUGUGAGGAUCAACUCCAUCACCAUUAAGGUGCAGGCUCGUGCCUUCCACGCCUCCUUUGAGCUCUGGCAGCUACAAGGCAACAGCCUCAACCCCAAAUGGCAGCGCAGUGACCUCCGCUACACCCGCGUCACCGACCCAAAGAGAGGAGAGGUUUUGACAUUCAAAGAAAUCAACUGGCAGAGUCUGCGAAUCGAGGCAGAUGCCAUUGAGAGUGAUGAUCAGGACCUUGGUAGCACCCCGUUACGUCUCAUCACUAACCAAGGACGAAUUCGCAUUGCUCUAAAACGCAGAAUAAAGGACUGCAAUGUGUUGGCAUCUAAGCUGCUUUUCAUUCUGGAUGACCUGCUGUGGGUGCUGACGGACUCUCAACUCAAGGCCAUCAUCCAUUAUGCCAAAUCUCUCAGUGAGGCCAUGGAGAAGUCUGCCCAGCAGAGGAAGAACAUGACUGCUGAAUCCCUGCAGACUGCUCCUCCGUCUCCUGGCCUCCACAGCCUGUGGACAGAGCCCCCACCUGCUCCUACUGGCACCCCCAGCAACAUGAGUCAAUACUUUGAGCUCUAUGAUGUCAAGGAGUCUUCUUACCACACCUUCAUAUCCCGCUUGGACUUACACGUAUGCAACGAUAGUUCUUCAAUGGAUGAAGAUGAGCCUCCCCCGCCGGGCUUGCAGGGUGCGAUGCAGCUGACCUUCAGAAAGCUAGGGUUUGACUACUAUCCCAUCCACAGACCUGCUGAUGGGUGUCGACACUGGGAGCGCCACAGUGGAGCCAUGGAGGCUCAGGCCCAGUGGGCUGGGAAGCUGCUGCAGGAGUACCAUAGGAGAGUAGAUGCUUCUGGGUUCCCAGGGCCACAUACUGAGGUGCCCCAUCCAGCCAAGGACUCUCCUGCAAAGACAGCUCAAGAUGGACAAUCUAGUCCUAAGUCAACCCCCUCUGACAAAGAGCAGGCAACCAGCAGGAACUCUAUGACAGCUCCUAAAGGGUCAUCGCUGAAGAGGCUGCGAUCUAGCUGUGUGGUGGUCAGAAUGGAUGACGUGGACAUUCACCAGGUGUCUACAAGGGGCCGUCAGAACAAGAAGACUCAGUCUUUAUUAUCCUGUAACCGUAAAGCUCUGCGUUUGCCGGACAGCGUACCAGCAGUUCAUCUACAGUUUACUGAAUACUACUUUCCUGACAACCCCAGUCUAUCAGUACCCACCUCAAACCUGUACGCCCAGUUAAACAGCCUGCAGCUGUGUGUGGACCCAGCCAGUGUGCUGUGGAUCAAUCUUUUUUCCAGGGGCCUACUGCACACUCUUGACCAAGUCAAAGCUUUCUACCAUUUGCAAGACAGUAGCAAGGCUGAAGAGCACUUAGACAUCCGCAUGGAUGCAUCUCAGCUUAAGCUGAUAAUUCCCUUGGAUUCUUCCAUAUUGGACCAUCCAGAGCGUCCACAGUCCCUGUCUGUUACUGUACCCCAGAUGGUUCUCAGCAACACUCGCCACUGCCCCCAUGGCUCCAGAGCUGACCUCAACACUAUCUAUGACAAGUUUGCCAGCUGCUCUUUCUUCCAACCUACACCACCCUGCCCUUACCCCAGAGACCUGAGUGCCUUCCACCCUACUCCAUCCGCUUUCCACCAUCACUCUCAAGAGACGGAACCCCAGCCUCUAGACAGAAAGCAGCUACGAUCCCAGGAUGUCUGGUCUCUCAGUCUGUCGCGUGUAACCCUAGGUUUUGAUGGAGCUCGGCGAUUCCCCAAAGGCAGGACCCAGCCUUUUGUUGAGCCCUUUGCCAUGUCUGUGUGGAUGUGUCAGCCCGCUGCCUUUAGAAGUGGUUCAUCAUCUUCCUCCUCCAGUCCCAGCAGAGCCCACCAGCCUUCUCCAGAACAGGACGAGGCUUCGCUUGCCUCUAUCCACUUCCUGGCUCACACCAUCACUCCAGUAAAAUUGUGGCUCAACCACUACCAAUAUGUAGCACUGCUGAGAAUGAAGGACGCCAUGGCUCGGUUGGGGGCAGAGUUGGGCCGGGAUCUACGAGAUGUUAAACAGGCUCAUGGCCAGAAGACAAAACCCACUACUGUUUGUGUUGCCCUUCUGGUGGACUCGGCAGAACUGGGUCUCCUGUUGCCACCAGUCUCCUCAGAGCCAGAGGAAGAGGUCCCCCACACCCCAGAGACAGACAGCCCCAGCAUGACAGACUCUGACAUCUCCCCGACUCAUAACUCUGCAGAUGGGGUCCUGGAGGACAGUGGGUUGGAAAAUGGCCUCUCCUCCAACAAUAGAGCUGCCACUGCGUCUGAACCCGAUGAACAAGAUGGGGUGGUGGAGGAGGCAUGUGAGGCUGUGGAGGAGGGGCCGGAGGGGGGUGGUUUGACAACACAACAGGAGGACACUGUCCUCUCACCUCCCCUCUCACCUGGACACUCCCCUGCCAUUUCCCGUGAGCCAUCCACCUUUAGCCUGGAGGGAGAGCUGUCAAGCGCCAUUAACGUCACCAAGGAUGUGACCAAAGAUGCCAUCAGUGCCUCGCUGGACCUGACCAAAGGGGCGUUUUCAAUAACAAAAGAUGCGUUUAGCAUCCUGAGUCGUGGCUCAGGAAUGAGCAAAUUGUUCAGUCCACAGGCAAAGGAACAGGUCCAGCGCUCCGAUGAGUCCUCCCCCUCGUUGGCUGCCAGCCUGCGCCACCAGUCCAUGAAACAAUCGCCUUCCCAGCAUUCAUUUGAUAGUGCUAUCCUGGAAGGCAGCCUACCUGAUGAAAAUCUAUCUGUGGAUAGUGAUAUCAGCGACAAUUUUGUUGUUCUCAUGGACUCAGAGUCGGGUAUGGAGUCCAUGCGUCCCAACAACACGCCAGCAGGCAGCCAGAGCAGCCCAGCCCCAGGGACAGAGGGUGGUUCAUCUGCUGAUCUCAGCAGCUCCCUGUCCCAAAGCACUGAGGAUGUGUCUCAGGACAUGUCUUCAGUGUUGUUGCUGAUCAUGAGUGGAACGGCCUGUACCAUGGAAGUAAAGGGAGAAGACCAAGUUGUGGCUGUGGAAGCCCAAAAUCUGAGCCCUGUGCAGUUGGGCAAUGUCAGGGUAUCUGACUUGCUGGCUGGUCUCAUACAAGCUCCAGGUGGACCAGUCCAGAAGCAGUAUAGGCACGGUAGCAGGGGUUCUCCAGUUGUGCGCAUGCGAGCAGAAAUGGGUCCAUCUGCAGCCCGACACUCUGCUCUGGCAGAGUCUGUGGGUUUCUUGGAUGUGAGAGUGCAAGACUGCCACGCAGAGUUGUUAGCCUCCACAGUGACUAACAUUGGGCCUUUUCUCGAAGAUGAAUUCAGUGUUGAUGGUCAGCCAAUGAAAUUACACCUGAGAAACAUCACCAUCACUAUGAAGGAUGAUGGCCCUAGAAACUACCCCACUGCCCCUCAACCUGUCCCAGCCACAUUCAUUGUAGAUCAGCUUCUGCUUGAGCGCGCUGAAGAUGGCAUCAUGAGGCUCAAAGCCUCAGCAGGUGCUCCCGGGGCUGGCCCAGACAACACACACAGUUCCUGCAGUGUUCCACAGCAGAGCGAGAGUCAAACUCUGGAGUCGCAGCUUUCUGAUGCCCAGGCUGCCCUCACACAGGCCGUCAGUGACAGAGAGCGCCUCCUUCUGGAAGUCAGAAAGUAUGACCCCACAUUUACUCUCUGAGCUUCACCUCUGAACCUGCUACAACACUGCUCCUGCUGAGGGAUUGUGAUCGGAUGUAUCGGGAUGAAUGUCAGGAACCAGCAAGAGUCAUGCCGAGCAUGUCCGGGCAUUGGACAUGUUUGGGAAAAAAAAAAAAAAGAGUCCAAGUUGUGGCUUUGGAUCACUUCCCACUUCCUAUAUCAUGCUACUCAUAAAAUAACAAAAGAGCCGUUACAACAAUUAGGGGAACCUGGUGAAGUAAUUAAUAGGUACAUUACUGGUACUACUUUUAAUCGGGCAGUCUAGAUAUUCCUCACUGCCAUACUAAACACAAAUUAUCCUGGUUAUUUCUCACUCAAAUCAGUGUGGAUAGUAAACUCAUUGUGUGGUUUCAGUGUUUGUCACACAGCAUGCAAGGGUAAAUUUCAUAAAGCUUUAAUUCUCUCCACUUCAUGAUUUGUGUUAUGGAAACCUUAAGUCAAGCACAUGCCAAACCCUCCUCUUCACAUGCACUGACACUGCCAGACAGCUGCUAGUCCAUCAGAGAAGAAGUCACUGUCAAGCAUGCUUUGUGAACAGUGCUAAUUUACACACAGCACAUUUACAGGUAGUCAUAAGGCUAUACUUAGUAAUGUAGAGUACCUCUGUUUAAGUGUAAAAUACAAUAGAUCCAUGUGUUUCUUUUCAUUUAAAAAGUAUUAAAAAUAUUAUCAGCUGUUGUUGCAAAUGUGAUGUAAAAGGUAGGAAAAAAGAUGCACUUUUUUUUUUUAAGAAAAAAAAAAAGCAGAACCCUACUGCUUCCAUGGAGAGACUGAUGCAUCUCAGUUUCUACCUUGGUUGCUUUAUCACCAGGGUGGAAUGGUUACACUCUUAUCAAGUUCUCACCAUUCUUUAAAAAGCGUGUUGAAUCAUUCCCCAGUGUUAUAUUAUCCUUUGAGUUGUGAAAUGUUGGUCAUGCUUCUUUUGUACUGUGAAACAAUGUUCUCAGUGGUUGAAAGUCCACAAAAAAAUAAGACACGCCUUUUAUUCUCUCCCUGUGUUGCUGUGGAGAGAGGGUUGCACAGUAGCUUCAGUAUUAGUCUUUUCACUCUAACUCUCUGGUUUUAAAGAGGUUUGGGAUUAUACCAGCAAGCAGAGAUAUAAUACUUGACCUUCUUGAAACUUGCUUUGUAGCUUGCCAGGAAACAACUCAGACUGCUAGUGUUAUUACCUCUGUACACUGUUAUCAUGUGUAGUGAUCAGACAUAAUGGACUGUUUAGUUCACUGUGUAUGUUGUUUAACUUGUGUAUAUUUAUUUUUGUUAGAUUCACCACAGUAUAUUGAAGCCAUAUCAAUCAAAAAGUGACAUUUUAAAAAUCUAUGGUACUGAUGGCACUGUUGAUGUAUACAGUGUUUUGUGUAUGUUACCAAAUUCACUACAAAAACUGAUAUAUUUCACUAUCUUCAACCCUGAUCUGCUGCAGAGUUUAUCUCUCAGGCCAGUUGCCAGUUUAAAUUUCUGUCACUUUUCUUUAUCCAUGCAUAAAUCUGUUAUAUGCAUGAAUUCAGACAAUGAUGGAUUUGUUACUCACACGGACUGUUUAACAGCAUAACAUUAAUUUUAUGAAUGCUUUCUUUAAGAAGACCUCUUUGUCAGCUUCAUUUUAUGUACAAAUGUUCUAUUGUUAAAUCAGUGGUUUAGUGUUUUGCCUUUGGUGGUACGAUUAUCUGUUUUCAUGGUUGCAAAGCUGUUACAGCUAUCUUUGACUUCCAUUGUGUGCUCAGGAGCCCUCUGGUGGCUGUGAAUUGCCAGAGCACUCCUCAUUCUAAAUAUUAGUAUUUCAUUUUAUCUUUGGUUGCCUUGCAAGCUAUGAAUGCCAGAUUAUCAGUCUUAAAGAGGAAUGUAAAAUAUUUAAGCAAUAGAAAGAGAGCUUGUGUUUAACCAAAAACAUGACAAAGAACGGUAACACUACACAUUUUUGAUGUGGAAUUCUUAAGAUGACUAAUGUCACGAAAAAUGAUUUACCUGUCUAUCAGGUUUAGUGGUUUCCCCUCAACUGCAUGUGGACUCAACAUCCCCAUUCUGUCAGUGUGAUUAUAGCAGAGAUACAUACUGCCCUUUAACCUCAGUAUCACUUAUAGUUGUGAUCUUCUUCUCAGCUUUUGGUGUUUUAUGUUUUUGCAUGGCCUUCGUAAACAAAGAUAUGGUGGUACGAAAUCGAACGUCCCAUGCUGGAUGCAACAUGUAGCUGUAAAGUUUGCCCAGUUUAUGUCCUCAGUCAGGCCUCAGUGUUAAGUAGCAACCAUAAUCUGCUGACAAACUGGUGCUCUGAUACCUGUUCACUACACUUCCUUUGCACUCUAGAGCAGGCCAGGGUUUCCAUAACCCUUACCCAGUGUGCCAUGCAAAAAGGAAAAGAUGGACAGAGAGUGAAGCAGGACUCACUUCAAAGUGUGUGUUGUUCUCUCUCUAGGUGCAUGAACUGAAGUGUUGUAUAGUUAUGCCUUGUGGAUUACUUGCACUCGUGUAGUAAAUUCACUGGAAAUUGCACUUGUUUAGAUGUAUAUGACUUCAAAGGCUUGCAGAGGAGUCCUUUUGAAAUCUUCCUAAGUGACGCAGAUGUUGAAGCCCCUGUGGACAUUUUUUUGUCAGUUGUGUAGAAUUACAUUGAAUUUUGUAUUGUCUUUACCACUUCAUUGAGACUAAUAUAAACUUGGUUCUGUGAACCAAAGCUAGUAUGUGAAAAAUAUUUUAAAAGUGAAAGAAUAAAUGAUUAAUUGCUGAACACUUUU